AGCGGCAUUGCAGCCAUGCUUGGGCGGGUGCGACUUGUUGUGGGACGGCAUGCAGCAGGAGCAGGCGGUGGCGCGUGGGCGCAGAAGUGGGUGCUGGCGCAGGCGCGGGCGAUGCAUGCGACGGCGGCGGUAGAGGGCUGGCGCGACAUGGACGGCGGGCGGGCGAGGGCUGCGCGGGCCAAGACGGCGGCGGUGCGGGCGAUGGUGGCCGGGACGGGCCCGAAUGCAGUCAGUCGCGAUGCGGCAUGGGAGGAGGCGAAGCGGACCGGGACGUGGGCCGAGACUGCCGAGGGCAGGGCCCGGCGGCGAGCCGAGCAGACCUCGAGCAUCCAGGUCUUUGACGCCUUCUCGGUCGCCUUUGUCACCCUUGUGGGCGCCGUCUGUGCCCUCACCUGGGUCAUUGCCCCCAUCCUUGUCCCGGACGAUGCCCUCGACGGCGCAGAUCCCGAUGGGCGCUUUGCCAAGGUCAACGUGUCCGGCGCAGACGGCUCGCGCUGGUGGGAGAUCCUCAAUGUCUCCGGCCGUCCGCGCGGUGGCACGAGCGAGGCCGAUGGCGAGAAGGAGAGCGAGCUCGACUCGGACUCGGGCUCGGGCUCGGCUGCUGCUACCGAUCCCAGUGCAGCGUGAGUGCAAGCGGUGUACAUGUGAUGUGGUUUCAUGCGUUUACGGGGGAAGGGGGCCUACUCGCGGGCGCGCAGCUUCUCCUCCUGGGCUCUGCUCUUCGCACGCUUUGCCUCUUCGACAGCAUCGCGAUCGACCUUCUUCUUCCGCAACUUCGCGGCUCUGCGGUUGAGCUUCGCCACCCGGUCGGAGAGGGCGAGCAUGUCCUUACGUAGCGAGACGGCGCGGGUAUGGUACAUGGGCAGAUGCGACA